UAAACGCAUCCUCACUCACGUAAGUCCACUCAAAAUGGGGCGAAUUGUGAUAAUAAUCGGGCUGUGUGCGAUUUUCGGCCAGGUUUACACAGCCACAGACAAAAUAAUUUGUUACUAUGCUAGUUGGGCGGUGACCCGCGAGGGUAAUGGUAAAUUCCUCCCCGAGGACAUCAACCCCACCCUUUGCACCCAUAUCAACUACGCUUUCGCUGGGUUGAACCCAGAUGGUAGUAUCAAAGUGGAAGAUGAGGAAAAUGAUGUCAAACAAGGGGGCUAUAAGCGUGUCAGCGACUUGAAAAAAACCAAUCCUGGUUUAAAAGUGUUACUAAGUCUUGGGGGGGCUGCUGCGGGGACCGAUGCCUUCAUUUCCAUCUCACAAGAUGUCCAAAAACAACAAAAAAUGGCCCAAAGUGCGAUUGAAUUCUUCCAAACUUAUAAUUUUGAUGGGUUGGAUGUCGAUUGGGAGUACCCAUAUGGGAAAGAAGCCUUCAAUUCGCUUUUGACUAGUUUGAGUGAGGCUUUCAAACCUGGGGGCUACCUUUUAACGGCUGCUGUCAAUUCAAUCCCGUCCGAAGUUGGCGGGUAUGACAUACCAACAAUGUCCAAGGUUUUGGACUUGAUUAAUAUCAUGACUUAUGAUUUUCACGCCAUGUGGGUUGGCUACACUGCCGAGAACUCCCCCCUUUUCGGUGAGGCGAAUGAGAGCGAUUGGAUGCGUGAGAAUCGCAACACCGAUGGGGCUAUCACCCAAUGGGUCAAUGGUGGGGCUGACCCAGGGAAGGUUGUCCUUGGGAUUGCCUUCUACGGGCAUUCGUACAUUUUGACCAACCCAGACGACCAUGGGUUGAAUUCGCCAUCAAGUGCGCCGGGGAAUCCAGGACCGUACACCGACAAUUUGGGGACUUUGGGCUACAAUGAGAUUUGCGAGUUUCACAAAAGCGGGACUGUGGUGUUUUUGGAUGAUAUGAAAGUGCCCUAUUUGUACGAUGGGGAGUUUUGGGUCGGUUAUGAUAACGAAGAGUCGAUUAAAUAUAAGGUCCAGUAUGCGAAAGAGAAGAAUUUGGCUGGGGUUUUCGUGUGGUCGAUUGAAACCGAUGAUAUGCACGAGUUUUGUGGCGAGAAAAAUGGACUUUUGAGGGCUGUACAUAAUGAAAUGAAGAAAUAAAUUUUUUUAUCACG